GUGGAUAAAGCAGAUUAGAUAGGAUAUGUAAGAGCAAAGUAAAACAUCAUGAACACGAUCAUAUUUUGAAGCUGUAAAACUUCGAUACUUUCCUACCGGCCAGUUUUUACUUUAUCUCUAAUCAAUAAUGAUUUCCGUUGUUGCAAUCGUUUUUCAUGCUCUAAUUCUAAAACAAUUUGCACAAGCAAUUACUAGGAUUGAUCCUUUAGUGGAUACUAAAGUUGGUUUAAUUAGAGGCUUAACUUCCGAGGAUGGAAGUUAUUCUAUGUUUAUGGGUAUACCAUAUGCGAACGUGGAUUAUAGCAAUCCAUUUGGUGAUGCUAUUCCACAUACGAAAUUUCAAGACACCUUCGAAGCCUACGACGAUGGAGCUAUAUGUCCUCAAUUAUACAUGUUCAAUGAAACUGUACUUGGAAAUCUGGACUGCCUGCAUCUCAACAUCUAUGUACCAUCAACAGCCACAUCAAAAAAGCCAUUACCUAUCAUGGUUUGGAUCCACGGGGGAUCUUUCAGAAGAGGAUUUGCUGGUAGAUACAUGUAUGAUCCGAAAUUCCUUGUGAAGCAUAACGUGAUUUCUGUAAACAUCAAUUACAGAUUGGGUCCUUAUGGAUUUAUGUGUCUGGAUCAUCCUAGUGUUCCCGGGAAUCAGGGUCUGAAAGAUCAAACGUUAGCUUUAAGAUGGAUAAAAGAUAAUAUUGAAGCUUUUGGUGGGGACCCCAAUGAAAUUACAGUAUUCGGUGAAAGUGCUGGAGGCCAUUCUGUAGAUUUUCAUUUGCUGUCCAACAAUGAAGUGUUAUUCCAUCGUGCUAUUAUACAAAGUGGUAGUGCUGAAGCUGGGACGGUACUAAUAGAACCUAAUAUAGAAGCUCCAAUUAAAUUAGCAGAUUACCUUGGUUAUCAAACAUCUGAAAUAGAAGAAGCUUUAAAUUUCCUCAUUACUGCUGAUACAGACUUAGUUAUUGGGGCUGCUUUAGACCUUAACAUUAUGUUCAAGCCAUGUACCGAAAAUGAAUUUGAUGGUGUUAAUGCCUUUAUUACAAAACAUUGGGUCAACACUGAAGUGCCUAAAGUAAGAAAAAUGCCAGUGCUAAUAGGUUUUAAUGAAAAUGAAUUAUUAAUUAAUCAUGUAAACAAAGGCAAUGAGCACUUCACAACAUUGGACAUUUUUAGGACUUACUUGGAACAAACAUUCACAUUUACGAACGAAGAACUAGAGGACAUGUCACAAUUAGUGCAAAACUUUUAUUUAGGAGACAAUCCUAUUAGUGAAGAUGAGAAAUGGAAUGUCAUAUAUUAUGACUCUGAUUUCACUUACAUACAUCCUAUACAGAGGACAAUUAACAAAUUCUUGAAAAAUGGAGUAGGUGAUAUUUUCUAUUACAUGUUUGCCUAUGACGGUGGAAGAAACGCUUUUAAAAUAGCUAAUGGCAUAAAUGCUACAGGUGUCUCACAUGCUGACGAACUGGGAUAUUUAUUUAAUAUGAACUAUGUUACAGGGGAAAUAACCCCUGAGGAUAAAACCAUGAUUGAUAGAAUGACUACAAUGUGGACUAAUUUCGCAAAAUAUGGCAACCCAACUCCAGAAACUUCAGAGCUGCUACCAAUAAAAUGGGAACCUGUUACAAAACAAAAAUUUAACUACCUAAAAAUAGACGCAGAGUUAAGUCUUGGGAACAGACCGCUGAAUCACAGAAUGGCGUUUUGGGAUAUGUUCUAUAAAAUGAAUGAGGAAAAGCAGGCCUAUUUAGAAAAUAGCUCGACGUGACCUUGGUAUCUAAGCGAUUGAUACUUUUUGACAAUAAAACCAUGUUAUAUGUAGGUCUUUUUAUUUGUCAGCUGACCAGUGACCUUGACUUUUUUUAGGCUUGUUCGUGGCUUCAGCUCGAUGCGAGAGUCUUAAAUCUGAAUACAAAAUUGCUUCGCGUCCGAAAUAGACGGGGUGUAAAAUAAUUAAUUUCGCAAUUAUUAUAAUAUAUUUUAUGGUUUUCAGGUUUGUUACACAGGUGAAUUAGAACACGUGUUAGGUGUGUAUUUCUUUAGAUUUUUUUGGAACGAAGUUCCUUAUCGCGCGUUGUGAAAGGGGGCUAGACGGAAAAAAUUCUUACGAAAAGUUGUCACGACACUUUUUAGAUCCGUCAUUCUGACCAAUCAACGUGUAGGCGCUUAUCGCGUGACAUUGCUCGUAUCCGAUUGGUCCGCGUAAUGAGUACAGUUUCUCGAGAUAGCGUUUCAACAAUAGUAAUUUAGUUCAUAGUAUUGUUUUCUUCUUCUUCAUAAUGCCGUAAUUUAUUAUUAUAACUUAAAAAAAAAAAUACAAUUCCUUCACUAAUUAAUCGAAAGGAACUUCGUUCCAUCCGGGUGUCCCUUGACACCUCUGAAGUUUUUUUUUAUCUCUUUGCAGAAUUUAAAUACUGGCAUAGCUGCAUUGCAACAAGCAUAUCUUUUUAAGCCAAGGCCAGUCUCGUUCAACGCCGAUCGCGUAUGCGUGUUUCUGGCAGAUAUAAAACAGAAGAAAACUCUAGAUUGGGGCCAUUGAAUAAUAUUCGUUUAACUUAUUUAUUAAUAACUGACAUCGCAAUAAUAUUCGCUUUUAAUUAAACUACACUAUUAAAUAAAACCGCCUAUUAUAUCUAAAUACAGUAUUUUUCGAUUCAAGGCAUACAAGGUUGCUCAAUCUGAAUAUAAAAUAUCCAAAA